UGAACGGUAGGCAGAUUAGCGGCGCGCGCUCUGUAAGCAUCUCAUUGAGAGCUGAGAGCAGACAUGUCGCUCUGUCCUCGCUCCUUCCAUCUGAUGUGAAACCACCCCGCCUAGUUUUGCACAUUUAUGUCUCAGUUUAGUCAAUUCAUGUCGUUUUUACAAUGCGUCCUGGAGCGGGUCGUGCUCUCAAUGCUGUGCGCUCCUCUCUGUGUCUCUGCCUCGUAGUUCUCCUCCACUGGACGGAGGCUGCUGGAUAUGAAGGCGCUGUUUACAAUGCAGGAGAAAAUAAACAGAAGAGCAUCCUGGAGCAAGUAAAGACUUAUGAGAUCACUUAUCCCAUAUGGCUGCAUCCUCACAGACACAGAAGGUCUGCCAACAAAGAGCAUCCAGCAGAGGCUCAAGUUCUCAUCUCAGUCGAGGGCCAGGAGCUGAGACUACACCUGGAGAGAAAUGAGCAGCUGUUGGCCCCUGGAUAUCAGGAAAUAUGGUACACUCGUGAUGGAGCCCGCAAGUCUUCCUUUCCUGCCAACACAGGACACUGUUUGUAUCACGGGGAGGUUCAGGGCAUGGAGGGUUCCAGCAUUGCUGUCAGCACAUGCUCAGGAUUGAGGGGACUGAUAUCUCUGAACACAAGCAUCAGCUACUUGAUAGAGCCUCUUCCUGUUUCCACGGAUGCACAGCAGCACGCUGUGUUCAGAGCCGAGAAUCUCCACCUAUCCAGAGGUAACUGUCUGCAUCACCAUGGCAACAAAGAGCACGGGGAGGAGCUCGAUGGCUUUAUCCAUGAAAUGACAUCACCAAGGAGCGCAAGGGAACGAAGGGACCUGAGCAAAAAUAUGAAGUAUGUCGAGCUGCUGCUAGUGGCAGACAAGGCUGAGUUUGAAAAACAUGGGAGUAGUCUCGAGAAGACGCGACUGAAAUUACAAGAGGCAGCAAACUUGGUUGACAAGUACUACAAGUCUCUAAGCAUCCGUGUGGCAUUAAUCGGUCUGGAGGUGUGGAACAACCAGGACCAGAUCAGCAUGUCUGACAACCCGCACAGCACUUUGGCAGCAUUCCUGUCCUGGAGAGGCAAACAACUCCACAAGCUCCCCAACGACAACGCUCAACUCAUCACGGGGAAGCCGUUCCAAGGCACAACCAUCGGGCUGGCACCUCUAAAAGCCAUGUGCUCCGACUACCAGUCAGGUGGAGUUAACACGGAUCACUCUGAGUUAGCUGUUGGCGUUGCUGCCACCAUGGCACAUGAGAUGGGCCACAAUUUCGGCAUGACUCACGAUAUUACAGGCUGCUGCCAGGCGAGAGCUGACGACGGGGGUUGCAUCAUGGCUGCUGCUACUGGGCACCCAUUUCCACGUGUGUUCAAUGAUUGCAACCUGAAGGAGCUGACGAGCUACCUGACCUCUGGAGGAGGGAAGUGUCUCUUUAAUCUUCCAAACACCAAAGCCAUGUUUGGAGGGCAGCGCUGCGGCAAUGGUUACCUGGAGGACGGAGAGGAAUGUGAUUGUGGAGAGGAAGAGGAGUGUACCAGUCCCUGUUGUAAUGCCAACAACUGCACUCUGAAAGCCGGAGCUGAGUGUGCCCACGGCGUCUGCUGUCAUAACUGCAAGCUGAAGAACCCGGGUGUGCUUUGCCGGGCUCCCUCGGGGCCGUGUGACCUGCCGGAGUACUGCGACGGGAAGGCCGAGUCCUGUCCUGCUAACUUCUAUUUGGUGGAUGGCUCGUCAUGUGCAGGCAGGCAGGCUUACUGUUACACCGGCAUGUGUCUCACUCUGGAGAAACAGUGUCGGUCAAUCUGGGGACAAGCCAUUCUUAUGUGUUUCUGUGCAGAUGGCCGUCCAGCCCCUGAUCUGUGUUUUAUGAAGGUAAAUGAAGCCGGGGAUAUGUAUGGGAAUUGUGGCAAAGAUCUGUUUGGGAAGUACAGAAGAUGUAAGGACAGGGAUGCUAUAUGUGGAAAGAUCCAGUGUUUAACUUCAGCUUCUAAGCCCAUUGAGAACAACGCUGUUCGCAUUGAAACCACAGUCACUACGGGCAGCAAGAAGGUUCAAUGUUUGGGAACACAUGUGUACAAGUCUGGGCAGGCGAACGAGGAGACACAGGGCGACACUCUGGAUCCAGGCCUGGUCAUGACGGGCACCAAAUGUGGCGAUGACUCGAUUUGCUUUAAUGGAGAAUGCCGCAAUGCAUCUUUUCUCAAAGCUGAUGACUGCAAUGCCAAGUGCAAUGGACACGGGCUGUGCAACAACAACCACAACUGCCAUUGUGACACGGGUUGGGCUCCUCCUCUGUGUAACCAGAGGGGGUCUGGUGGGAGUAUAGACAGUGGACCUGUCAUCAGCCACAGCAGUCUCCUUCCAGUCCUGCUGGUCCUCCCUCUGGUUCUCUUUAUGGUUCUGGCUGCUGCUGGGCUGUGGUUCUGCUACAGACAUAAACUCCACCCACUGAAAACUUCUGUUCCACCUCCAACACCAAGUUGUUCAGUCCAUGUCGAAGCCAAGUCCCCACAUGUGAACGGUCAUGCCAACCCGACAUUCAUGCUAAAGAAACAAGAGUCAGACCAUCUGGUGAAGUCCUCUCCUCGUCCGAGCUCGUCUUGUCCACCUCGGCCCAAAAAUGCUAUUGUGCGUCCAGCUGUGAAGCCUCCUCCCGUACCUGCGUAUGCUGUGGAGCAGAAAAAGCCUAAAGCUGACACGUCUUCUUCUCAGGGUCAGAACUCACCCCAGGCUUACACUCAGUCCAGCGCUCCCUUCAAAUCUGCACCGCUGACUGAGCAGAAACAAAACCGCCGAGCUCCUCCGCCGCCUUCAGGACCUACACCUUUACCCCCUCCGCAUCCCAAAACACACCCACUGCCUUUAACAGCACCUAAACCUCGACCAGACCCACCUAACAGACCUCCUCCACCUUGUCCUGUCAACAAACCAUCAGUGGAGCAGCAACACAGAAAAGGCCUGCAGGUUUCCACUAGUGCCCUGCUGAGUGGAAAAGAUGCUCUGGCACCAUCUGCUGGACAGAAAAAGCCAAACAGAUCUUAAACCAAGUGCUCAGGGAGAUGUUGCUGACCACUUACAUCAAGUACGGACUGCCUCAUGUUUAUGAAUAUUAGCAGCUGGCCAUGAAAACAUGGCACUAUGGGAUAUGAUGAAUACUUGACAUUCUGGGUCUGUGGAUUAAAGUAUAUUUACACUGGGUUGUAUUAAGAGAAAAAAUUGUGGAAUCACAGAAUUAAGUCACAGAACAUAUCACACUUAGUUUAAGUCUAAGACUUAAGGCUUCUUAGGCUUGCUUUAUCCACUUGAAACAGCCACAGCUGUGAAUUUUAUUUUAUUUUAUUUUUUUAUUGUCCUAAAUGUUGAUGGAAAUGUGAAAUUGUUCCAUAUGUGUUGGCAGUGUUUAAACACUGUCCAAGGAGUAUUUAUUCACAAAGCAAAGAAAAAAUGAAUGUUUACAGCAUAACCUGUGUACUAAACAUGGUGCCUCCUAAAGAGCAUCAGCUGUAAAGGGAUAUCUUAUAUUAAGAAGAAUCUGCCGAAAGUGAAGUGCUUACGCUUCUUAUAUGUGAAUAAAAAUGGGCUUUUAACUGGACUGAUGGGGACCAGUCAAAACCCAGCAUGCAUGCUGUAAGUAAAUGCUUAUGAUGAGAGACGUGUCUUAAAUGUAGCAGGAAAUGUUUUUAAGUUGUUUUUAAAUUACUUUUGUUUUUAUGAUUUUAUAUUAUUGUGGACUGCACUUUUAAUCAUGCUUUGAUAUCAAACACUUACCUUUUGUGGGCUUAAAAUGUUCCAAUCCACAAGCUACCAACUGUCCAAAAUAGUCACCUUUCAAGCCUACAGGAGGUGAGCCUUUGAUACCAAACAGUAAAUAGGUAAAGUAUCACUUUAGUGCAUUUCUUGUUCUUUCACUGAUCAGUGAGUAAGUCACCUUUGUUUUUAUAACUUCAUAUUAGGAACAUGAAUGAGCAUCAGUUUAAUUUACAUAUAUCUGUUAAGCAUCUUAAUACUAUAUUAUGAUUUAAUUUAGAGUCAAAUGUUGCAUCUGGCAGACGUGAAUCAUUUUUUUGUGUUUUUUCAAAGAUGUUGCUAAAACUGUUCAGUGGGACUUCCCUCCUGACCUAAAUGUACAGCAACGCUGACUGCAGGCUAUGUAACAGUCACAACUUUUGGCAUUAUCUAUGGUACUGUUAUAAAACUGGUCUAUUUGUAGUGUGACUACUUUGGAAGCCGCCUGGUUUUAUCUGUAAUAUGGAAAUACAGGUGCCAUGUUUUACGUUCUUAUCCAACCUAUGCAAACUCAGGCACUGUGCAACACUCUCUACUCAGUCUUCAACUGGAAUUCAAAUAAACACAUGGAAAAAUAAAAU